UAGUUGAUAAGUUCACUAAUUUUUAUAUCGUUAUUGAGGAAAGCAGCAAAUCUCUCUUUCCGGUAUAAUCCCUUUAUAUUCCCUUUAAGAAACGGUGGAUAAGUGAUAGGUUAAGUACUAUAACGAUACCUUGGUGCGGUGUUUGAUUAAUUUUUCUUGGCACGACUUGCGUGGUUGUCUUUUUUUUGUCACAUCUUCGGGGUGAAGGCAUACACAUGCGACAGACGAACAGAUAGGAGCCACAGCAGUGUGUCGAUAUCACAUAGCUCUUGUACUUCAAGUGCUUAUGUGCAAUAUAAUAACUGUUCAGUGCAGCCCACCCCGGUCAACGACAGGCAACUGAUCAUCAGAAGAAGUGCAGAAGGUCUUUUGUUCUUUUUUGUUUUAAUAAUGCCUUCAACUGUUGUCCAAUCCAUCGUUGAGUAAGAACAUUAACUGAACAUUGAGCCACACGAUCUUGGUAUCUUGGUAGAGUAGAAAGAAAAGUACAAGAAACUGUGAUUGAAAUUUUAUGGUGAUGAUAGUGGCUAAAGACGUUAUAAAGUGCGUGAUUAGACUAACUAACAAUUGAAAAACGAUAAAAAUUAAAUAUAUUUAUUUAUUAAAUAUAUAUAACUAACUGCGGAGAACUUAAUGCUGGAUAAAGAGGCUCAAAGUGAAGGUCACGAUUGAUCUUAUGAAAACUACAAAUAAAAUUCAUAUGAAAAUUCUCUUAAAGCCUGCACACCUUCGCAAGAGGAUUAUUUGAAUCUAAUUUUCUAACCCCCUACUAUAACAUAAUCCCCGUCAAGAAGAUAUUUCGUAUCUGCUUAAUAUUUCAUUUGAGAAAGAAAAGAAACACGUUUUGCGAUGUGGUGGUAGCAAAAGGCGAAGAAGAAAAAAAAACCAACUAAAUUUAACUAAACGACCGACUAACAUCAAAAGACUGUGUGGUUACCAGUAAUCGUGCAGCAGGCGUCUGUUAGUAAUACCUGCUGCAGUACAAGAAGAAAGAAAAAGUGAUAAUCAACAUAUUAGUUUUUUUGACUAUAAAGUACAAACACCUACGAAGUAGAGUCGUGUAAUCAAACUUUAAACCACACACACCGAACACACCUGUGGCUUCUGCAGAUUGGAAUAAUAUAAAUGCAUAUUACCACGCAGCUUAGUGCAUAGCGUCAGCAAAAGUAGCAACACCAAAAACCAAAUUUUUGUGAUUUUUUUUUGCGAAAAGAGAAGACCAAAACAAGAUACAUCAAAGCGAGCAAAAAUAAAUAGGCAAAAAAUACCGAAGGGCAAUAAUUUAGCAGUUGGAAAAUAUAACAAAAAAAACACUUUUCUCUAGUGCUCGUUUUCUUCAAAGUAAAGAAAAGUGAAAGUGCAAAAGAUGCUGCGGUACAUAUAUUUAAUUGGCAUAAUAACAGUGAUAAGAGGAGCAAAUAUAGAUAAUGUUCCAAAUGUGCGUGUAGUGAAAACAGUAUCGAGCAGCAUAAGCUCGGAACCGGCUGUUGUUGAACAAGAUGGUUUCGAAACGGCACAUAAAAUAACCGAAAAUCGAGAAUUCGAAACAGCUCACAAGAUAACCAACGAGCGACCAAUCAUCAAACUAUUAGAAGAGCAAGAUGGUUCCGCUGGCAGUUCAGAGGACCUUAUGCAGCAGCAAAAUCCACAAAAUUUGUUAUCAACCAAAGAACGGCCCGAAUUAAAUCCCGUGCUGAGCGCUUUGAUUAAUGAGGAUGUGAUGAAGAGCAUUGAAUCAAAACGUGCCAUCGAGGAAUCUAUCGAGCAAACUGCUACCCCAGCUACUGUAAACAUUCUUACCACUAGUCAACAACCCAUCAAAGCCUCAGACGAUGAUGUCCUGAACGAAGGUCUGGUUGAUCAAUCGGUUAACUUGGAAGAAGCAGGUUCCGAAUCGAACCAAAAAUCCCGAAUUCAAAUCAAAAAGGGUCCAAAUGGGGUUGACUACGAAUACGAGUAUGUUUACUACUAUUACGAUGAGGAUGAAAAGAAUGAGAAGGGUGGCAAACAGAAAGGUCAAACAACUGGUGAAGCUACUGCCGCAUCAAGAGAAAGUUCUGCGCGAGGCAAGUCCCGCUAUACCAACAUCGAGCGUAGCACCACAUCUACACCAGACAAUGAAAUAGUUGGACGGGGUCGUGGUCGGUCAAAUGCCGCAGCAACUGUAGCUGAUGUUGAAGAAGGUCGCUUACCACAAAACACACGUUUCCCGCCACGCAAUCGCGGAGGAGAUGUUACCCCCGCCCCUGAAGCAGCAGAACCAAUAAGCGAAAAGAACGGGCGCCGAACUGGUGUGAAAAGACCAAGCCUGGACUUAGUUGAUAACGACACGUUCAACACGGAUGAGAAACAAGUUAAAAGUAACAGAAACAUUGAAAGUGAACUGAAUAAGAAAACAUCUGAAGCACCCACAUCUGAAGAUGCUGAGGAACAACGCGAAGAAGAAAUCGACCCUGACAUUGCUGGACAAACAACUAGCUCCGAUUCAGAAGUUGAAAACACAACCCCCUUGAUGGAGAAGGCUGCAUUGGAUUUAUAUGCGAUCAUCGCAAAUGAGAACUUCAACAUGGACUCGACCACAGGAGAUAGUGUCGAUGUAACGACUACAGACGUGCCAACCACUAGCGCCGAGGAACUCACCACCAUCAUGGAAGAGGAACCCACUACGACCACUACCACAACUACCACAACCACUCCAGAACCAACAACAACCACCACGACUACUACGACUACAACUCCAGCCCCUGGUCGCCGAGGAAUAGGUAGUGGCGGUAGAAAUCGCUUCCGAUUGAAGAACGGUAGCACAACCACGACAACUACGGAAGCGCCUGCUGAAGGUGGAAAACCAGCUGGAAAAACUAAAGGUCGAUUUGGUGGUCGUCCAGCAUUCGGUAGUGGACGUACCCCGCGUCCAAGCAAGGAAACUAAGGAUGAAGUUAAAGAAGAAGCACAUAAAGAGGAGGCGAAACCUUCAUCAUCAUCUUCACUUCGUGGCAGAACACGUAACCGUUUCAACCUCCGCGGCGGCAGCAGUGGCUCGACAACCGAAAAAUCAACUGACGAUAACACCAUUGAAUCCAAACCGGCCUCAUCUACAACUCGCUCCCGACCGGCCCGACCACAAUUGAACCUUCGCGGACGCGGACGUCCUGGUGCAACAACCACCCCAGCUACAUCAGACAGUGAAAAUGAAGCGGACGCUGAGAAACCGACUCAAGCAACAGCAUCCGUAGCCCGUCCAUCACGCUUUAAUCUAGGUCGACCGGCAGGUGGUGCGAACCGAUUGCUCCCUAGGGGACGUAUCAAUCCACUUAAACCUGCCCCCGCGGCCGCUGCCAAAGAACCUGCUGAAGGAGAACCUGCCGAAAAGAAAGACGAAGAGCCAUCCGACGGUGACGCUGCCCCAGCUCCCGCUUCCACCGAUGAAGAAUCACCCGCAGCUGGAGCACCUGAAGACAAACCAGCCCAAGAUGCUGCACCAGCUGCUGGUGGACUGAACCGUCUGAAAAAUCGACCAAAAAUUCAAAUUACCCAGAAGACUGCUAAAGCUCCAGCUCCAGUUAUCGUUCGUAAACCAAACCCAUUGAUAGGAAGGAGACGUAUCGGAGCCUCUUCAUCAACAACAGAAGCUCCAGCCAGUGAGGAUGCUGCCGAUGGUGAGGGUGGAGAUGAUGAAAAUGUAGCAGGUGAUAGCGAGGAUCCUAAGGAUGAAGCAGCCUCGGUUUCAGCCCCACAAAUUGUUGAAGCUGCCUCAGAGCAACCAGCACGAGGGCUAGGUUUACUGGCGAACCGAAGACGUUUACCUCUUCGAAAGCCUGGAACUCUUAACUGAUAUCCUGUCAAUGAGGUGAAAUCCUUCUAAUAAGGUCAUCUAUUUUAUGCCUCCCCACACCCCCCCCCCCCCAUUUCUCUCUCUUACUCAACUGUCAUCUUGUCUUUUACACAAUGUGCCGUUCUUACUUUCUGCCGGUCUGACACUAUCUUUUUUAAUUUUGUUAUUAUUAGUUUUUAUGGAAGUCAAUAAUUCUACUCUCAUGUGUAUAAAGCGUACAUAUGGUCGUGUAAAUGUUCUCUUUGUGCGGAUAUAAGGGCUGUUUGGUAAUACCCCCUUAGGUCUAGAAGUCCUUGAGACGAUGUCUCUGGAACCAAUCACCAAUGCAUACGUAGUUGUUAGGUUUAUGGAGAGGAAAGUUGAACGUUUUCCAUCUGCUGUGUUUGCAUCUGAUUUCCGCAAAGAUGUUUAGUUUAAAAAAAAAACAAAAAACAACAAAAAAGAUAAAUAAAAUAAUAUCUCGUAAUUCCUAAUUGUUAAGAUAAGUGAUGAGAGUUGCCAAGAGAGAAUGCCUCUACCGUUUAUUUUUUUUUAUAUAGUGUGACGAUAUCAGUGGGAGUUUUUAUACUCGACCUAGUUUUUUUGCUAGAAUUAAGAUAAAUAACCCUUCCGAAUCGGGAUCAACAUUUUUUAUAUUAUAUUAAUUGUUGUUUCUUAUUUUUUUCAAAGAAUUUGUAAAAUAAUGAACAAAGAUAUCAAGUGUGUAAACAAUGCUAAAGAAACAAAUUGAAGCAAUGAGUGUAAGAAUUUAGAUAGAUACAAGACAAUAAAGUAGCGAUUUAUAAAUUA